CGCAACCUUUUCAACAAAAUUGUUAAUUACAGCCUAAAAUUGCAACGAGUAGCCGAUGACGCGUUACAAUAUUUUUUGUUACAGUUCGGUUAAAGCUCUGCUGUUCUUGUUAUUUUUAAUAAAAGGUAUGAGAAAAAUGGCACAGCUGUUGCUAUAUUAUUUCGUGGCCUGCCGAAUGCGAAUGAAAGAGACUUCUCUGAGUGGGCAAAUAACUUGGGUUAUGAACCAUUUUCCUAUGUUGGUGGGAUCGCUCCGAGGAAUGAGAUAGAACCUAAUGUCAGUGAGGGCGCCCUCGAUGAUAGUGCAAUUACCCUUGAACCACAUAACGAGAUGGCGUACUCACCUCGGUUUCCAAAGGUACAUGUACUUCAUUGAAAUUUACUCAUGCAUUGUUAACUAAUGCAGGACAGACGCACCAAGAAGGAAAAAAAUAUGUGGGUUCCUAUUUCUUCUUGUCAGUAAAAACUUAGGUAGGGUAGGUCGGUUUUAACUUUUUUUAUAAACUUUUUUAAUUUUCCUAACAACCGGACGCCAUUUUGUUUAGUCAGUGCUUCCACAUUCAAAGAUAAAUUUCCCUAAUAUUGCCUCAAAUUUCCAUUUUUCAUAAACGUUUUCCUCCAAGUGGAAACACGUACAAGCAUGAUCCAAUAAAAAAGUUUAGGGUCGGGAUUUCGGCGUCCAAAAGCUAGGUAGGGUCGGGAAACAGGAAACCCACAUAUUUUUUUGGGCCUAACGUUAUUUCGUAGUACCUCAAGGGAAAAUGGCAACAAAACUUGAAAGAAUGUUAAUUAAGACUUAAGUACUAGUUAAAACACGUGUAGGAGUCAUGUUUCGCUCGCUACUUUGGUUUAAAUAAAUGAUUACAAAGCCCAGUCGAAUUGUAAUCAAGACCCAACGUUUCGACACUCCAGUCUAGUGUCUUCAUCAUGGUUAUCUAAAACUGCGAUCGUGGCUUCUUAAAUAGCUCACCCGUGAUGAAGACACUAGACUGGAGUGUCGAAACGUUGGGUCUUGAUUACAAUUCGACUGGGCUUUGUAAUCAUUUAUUUAAACCAGAGUAGCGAGCGAAACAUGAUUGAUAUACCUGGUUGCAGUGAACGAACAAACUUUAUACGUGUAGGAGUGUUUUACCAUAUUUAAAAUGCGAGUGCGUAGCACGAGCAGUUUAUAGAUUUGAUAAAACACGACUACAACUGUUUUGAAUAGCUUCAAACACGUACGGCUACAAUAUAUGCCGUUUCAUUAGUAUUCUCUAGAUGGAGAAUACUAAUUGGGAUAACUUUUAUCAUGUAUAAAGCUUCAUCACGUGAUAUAUUAUGGUUGACAUAAUUUGCCAAUUGGCUUAUGAAUUAUUAGUGUUAUUAGUACAGUAUCUUAGUUUUUUCAACGUACUUUGAACGUUCAACAUGGCUGGAUCGGGAUUACAAGUAUUAAUAGGAAUGUAAACUCAUGGCGCUCUCCAUCUAUACUAUUGCUUUCUCGUCCUCUUCGUUUGACAGUGAAGUAACACGGAAUCCACGCUUUCUUAGUUCACGGCCCUGAGAGUCAAUGAAACAGUUCACUUUAAUUUGCAAAUGGUUUCUCCGGGAAAUUGUAGCUUUUGCCAAGUCGUUGUCUACUCUCGGUGCUAGAACUUUGGAAUAUUAAACUCUUCCCAUAUAACCGGUAGGCAGAAUGCAAAAUACAUCUUUACGGCGAAUCAAAUUGGACCAGGCGCGGUAAACUUUUAAUUCAGGAAAUCUAGCUAUCUAUGAAUGCAGCCCUGAACAGCUUCUUUCAAGUCUUGUUCGUUUAUUAAUAUAGACAUUAAAUUUCAAAUGUUUCAAUUCUUGUUUAAUAUUUAAAAUUUUAAAUAAUGUGUUGUGCAUGCAUGCUAACGAAACGCCUGCGAACAGGCUAUCAUGUUUACAAUAUCCAAUCAGAACACGUAGUCUAUCGAACCUAUAGUCAGCAACCAAUCAACUCUUUCCUUCCAAUUUUGAAAGUUAUGUGUGGAAUGAACCCGAAAAACCCAGCCAAUUUCACCAGAGGGUUAUUCAACAAAGGCGAAAACAAUACCCUCUGGCUCCAGGGUAGCUCUGUAGCUACAAAGUGUAAUUUUUAAUAAACUAUUCUAUUCUUCUAUUCUUGUAAACUAUUGGCUACAAAUUUCUUUCUCAAUGAAGAACCAACGUUUCUCCAACUAACUGCCAGCAACAAUACAGUGGAAACGGUGCCUUGGUUUAAACUUCUUGGCCCUAUUAUCUCUUCAGAUCUGACUUGAGACCAACAUACAAUUACAUUUACAUCUAUGCAAAUGCUAGGAAAAGACUGUACGCUAUCGGAAUACGGUCAGGCGUCUCAACCACUGAUCUAACACGUAUUUCCGUCCCAUUCUAGAGUAUGCAUCUCUAGUUUGGCACUUCUCUCUCACCGCAAAAUUGUCUUAUCACAUUGAACAAGUACAAAAAAGAGCGGUCAAAAUAAUCUUACCUCUGCAGACAUUGUAUGAAACAAGCCAGCUAAGUUAAACCGAAUAACAUUACCAGAACGCAGACAAGAACUCUGUUAUAAAUUAUAUCAAUCCAUUGUCCAAGACAAAAAUAAUAAAUUAAACGAACUGUUACCGUGUAUUUUUCGAAGAAUGACUGAAUAUAUGCGGAGAUUUGAAUCAAAUCAAAGAUGUAUAACACUCGCCAUUGUUUUUUCAUUGUUUGUAUUUGUUGUUUUCGCUUUUUGAUUUAGAGAAAAGUACAUUUCGAGCUUGGCACUAAGUCUAUUGGAAUCAAUUCACUGUAUUUUAGUUAGAGUCUUUAUUUCAAUGAGGGUGGUAUACGUAAUAGUGGUAAAGGCUUCUUUAUCUAAAAUGUACAACAAAUGCCAUACGAAUGUAUCUACAAUAUGUAUUUAUAUUUACAAGAAUAUAUUAUACAUGUCUGCGUACUACACCAUGCAUGCACAUUACUGCUAAAAAUGGCAAAGAAAUUGUUGCUGUUCCUAUACAAACUACUGUAUCUACAUGUUUGCUCUUAAAAAGACGGACAUUCAGUUGUCGUCAUAUGUUCAGUGGAAGACUAUUCCAAAGUUUAAUUGUAGUUACAGUAAAGAUUCUAGCACCUUGAGUUUCACUUUUGUACUUUGGCCAGAUGAAAUUGACUUAUUUUUCAACUUUUUGGGUAUAGCGUUUGGAGUUCGAAAAUUGUCUUCACUCUUCGGUUUGGCGCUAAAAUAUACAGCUAAUUCAAUUGUCCUUCCAAAGGAUUAAACCUUAAACUCUGAGCGCGCAAGGGAUGAUGGGUUUUUGCUUAUUUAGUCUCAUAAACUUUGAAAUUUGGCUUUGCAAGAAUGCCUGAGACGUAUAUAAGACUCACAACAAAAAACAUACUUCCUGCAAAGGCAAGUUUCUGAGUUGAAGGGUCUAAUAUAGGUGAAAACCCAUCAUCCCUUGCGCGCUCAGAGUUUAAGGUUUAAGGUUUUGGAAGGACAACCUUAAUUGAAUCAGCUGUAACUCUUUUCGGCCACGGUCAAGAUAUCGAAAUAACGAAUGUAAGAAUAUUUAAUAAUCCAGGUAACUAUAUUGAAUGUUGAAACAAAAAUAUUUCGCUGCGAACCCCGUAACUAUAUUGUUACACAAGAAAAUCUACUGUACAGCAAAAAUGUCAUAGUGCAAAUGAUAAGGGUUCGUCGCAUUAAAAAUUAAGAAAUUAAUUAAAUAUGGACAUAAAUUUCAACAAUAGUAAACAUGAAAAAAUUUCUUAAUUCCGAUUUGGUAAGAGCGCUGCAAUUUUUUCGAAAUACGGUACCAAAAAUUCAAAUACAGUGCCAAAAAGAAAUACAGUGAAAAUUUCAUUGACCAUUUAAGACUUCUGAUCAUGAUUGGCUUAAAAUAUUGCAGAGUGACAGUUGUAUAUUUGUUGUUUAUUCUGUUGUUGUGUAAUUGAAAUGAAUGAAUACAUUAUUUCCAUGUGUCUUACGCACGUGACUACAUAAUUUUUUCAUGUAUAUUCCCCGAGCCAAAGGCACGGAGCGCCUUGCGAGGGUACUAAUUCCGCCCUGCUAUUUACCCCCGGGGAAAGUAAAGGAUUAGCGAAGUCUAAAGUUCAUCAAUAAUCGCGGGCUUGGGUGACCGUGCGUGGGUGGUCAUCCUCACCUAAAAUAUAGCGGACUGACUGUCAUUAAUAGCGAACACUGAUUGGCCCAAUUAUAACGACUUCAUAACGACAGCGAAAUAGCAAACAUUUCUUGAUUUGAUGAUUUCUUGCAAAUAUAUUUCAUUUUUGCAAGAUUUUGUAAAUUUCAAAACCUUUUUGAGAAAAAAAAGGCGAAAGAAUUGCUAUAGAAGGGAGCAAAGGCGCCAACGUUGACGAAGGUAUGAGUUUUAAAUAUUGAUGUAUUGUUUGCUUUAUAUUAGCUAAUUGCAUUAAAAGCUGAUCGUUGCGUCCAUAUUUUAAAUGAAAAAAGAAAGCAUAUAAUUUCAUUGCUUUAAAAGCUGAUCGUUGCGUCCAUAUUUUAAAUGAAAAAAGAAAGCAUAUAAUUUUAGUCAGUCGAUCUUUAUUGAUUACCCUUUUUAUUAUAUUAAAAUUUUUAAAUAAAAAAGAAACAAACUUAUUUGCAUGCACGAAUUUGAAAUCAUUUUAUUUCAAACUCAAAGUUUAUCAAAUUUUGCAUUAAAUCGAAGCUUAUAUUACGUAUUGUAUACGUAACAUAUAUAUGUUUGGGAAAUUUUGAUAUUUUUAGGGCAUUUUUCAAUAGGCAAUUCCAGCUUUUAAUUUAUGCGCACAGGGGCUGACGGGAAGUAAGGUAUCGUGUUGCUGAUUAUGGUGAAAUUUAAAAUUUUCAAUAAAAACUGCCGAAACAGAAACAUUUCAAUAUUUACAAGUAUAAGCUAUCACCCCAUGAUAUUAUUCAGCGUAGUCAGCUUCUUAGUAAAAUUAUCGUGUUACCAUGACAACCACUUUAAAUACUUCAUGUUCGGAAAAUACAAUAUGGUUUUGUCAGCAAGGCGAGAGUUUCUGCAUGCAUGUAUUUUGUAGUAUUAGUAAGUAAUAGUAUGGUUUCUCAUGCAAUUUGAAAAAUAUCAUACACUAGCUGUAAGUUUUUCAAGGACUUCAAAUUGAAAAACUCACUUGUGCAUGUCAGUUUCUCCAAAUUUCACUCGAAACCAUUCUAUAAGUAUAGGUAAUCAGGCGAUGUUGCUCUUCCAAUUAGGGAUUAAUAGUACUCGUGAUGUUUGGAAAUUUGCCAAAGUGGACUCGCCGCCGUACUUGUUUAUUAUUAGCAUAUGACAAAAUUGGAUACUUCUCCGUCAACAUCAUAUUCUCUCGCCAAAGUACCAAAAUUUGAUACUUUUGUUCGUAUUUUCAUUUAGUUCUUUUGUUAAAGGAAAAUUUGGUGCUUUUGUUCGUAUUUUCAUUUAGUUCCUCAAGGGCAAUUUCAUUUCACAUUUGUGUUCAAAAUACCUUUCCGCCAUUUUGUUUGUUUUUGGAAAAUCAUUCAUUGUGCUGCAGUACAAUUAAUGAAAUUAUUGUACUCUUCACAACCAAUCAGCAUUCAGUAAUUUUGUGAUGCUAAUAAUAAAUACCUAUACAAAUUUGAAUCAAAAGGAAGUAAUGCCAUACAAGUUCUUUGCAAAGUAUAUAGGAAAUAUUUUUAGAACUUGUACAAAUUCAUUUUAAUUAUUUCAUUUCAGAUUUUCAGCAUAAGUUGUUUGAAGAAGUCCCAAUGGGGUGGCGAGACAGCAAUUUGUGAUAAUCGUGACUUCCAUGUAAAUUUAGACCCAGCAUUUGUUCAGAAAUGUGAAGAUAGAGAAAUUCGUUAUUGGAACUGUCUACACAGUAAGGAUAGUCAUAAAAAUCGUUAUCAAAGCUGGCAAAUGCGUUUUAUAACCGAAGAUAAGGAUAAAGUUAACAAUUUUUUGAAAAAUGAAAAUUAUAAUUAUUCCUGGGAAGAGAACACUUUGUUUUACUGGAAAAAUUUAUCGCCCACUAGAGCACACCCCAUAAGCGGGGAACAACUGUGGUUUAAUCACUUAUCAGGUGUUCAUGCAAGUUACUAUGAUGAUAUUCCAUGCUAUGAAGACCUCAGGUUAGCUUACAAAGAGUAUCCAACUCAUAGCGCGUACGGGGAUGGAGAAGAAUUUGCAGAAUAUGAAAUUGACAAUCACCGACGUUGUAUUUGGGAAAGCGCUGUUGGAUUCCACUGGCAAAACGGAGAUAUACUCUUUUUAGAUCAAAUGAUAGUUCAGCAUUCGAGACUAAGUUAUGAGGGCGAUAGGAAGGUUGGUGUUACUCUCCUCAAUUACUGAAUAACCGUUUGGAUUGAAGUUGGAUUUACCAGACUAGAACUAAUGAAUAACUUUAAAACAUUAGACAGUGUAGAAAGGAUAAGCAUAGGAAUAAACCGUGUAGACUUAGGAUUAUACCCAGCUGUACCCAUUGAACUAGAGGUACGUUUCAAUACUAACUCCUGUGAUACCGACCUAGAUUAUCGCUAAGUAAAAUGCAAGAGUUUGUUGUAAUUGAAGACUGCGGAAAGAUUGUGCAUAUUUGACAUGAAAACAUGCAUGUAAUAUAAAAUAGACCUUAUGCAUAAUGACGUAACAAUGCUUGAUGCCCGCGAGGAAUGCUGGUCUUAAUAGUCAUUGCUCGGGCAAUGAUUUCUCGCGGCCAUCAAGCCUUGUGACGUCAUUAUGCAUAAGGUCUAAUCAGGUACUAUUUUCAUUGAUUUCACUUUCAAUUUUAGCUCACCAGGAAUUUAAUUUCCGAACACGAACUACUACGGAAAAGUGUUCACAGAGCGUAUAUUGAUAUAUUACUGGUUUUACGUAAUUUCAAAGUAUGUAAAAUUGUAUAAAGUGUAUCUUUUGACACACAACUCCAGAAAAUAACUACGAUAUAUCAGAUAUAUUUAUAUAUAGAAAAAGUGCCAAUCAAUCUAGAAUAGGGUUUAAUCUAUUUUAAACUUUUUAACUUCUUGCAAAUAGAUUGUUAGGCAUUCUCAACUGAUUAUUCUUAGCUUUGUUCUGUUUUAAAAGUGUUUUAGUUGCUCAUUAUUUCAUGUUUUUAUGGUGACAACCGAUGUGUUAACCGUGUAGUUAGAUUGCCGCCGUCUGAUUCAGAAACGCUCAUUAGCAUAACUAGCGGAUGUUGUAUAUUGCGUACAACGUACAACGUACAUACAAUAAUGUAAUGCGAUUAUAGGGGCUCAAACAAUCAGUUUCAAAUGUCUUGGGACAGAUGGCGCAAAAAUCUAUAAUUUCAACAAACGUUGCCCUCCCCCCGCCCCCUAUUCAAUGUUGUGUGCCUUGAUUUGAUGUGUUUUGCUGUUUGAAUUGAGAACGCAACAUUGAUUGGGGAGGGAGAGGGGUGACGAACUGUACUCGAUCGACUUGCAAUCUAAAACUUGAUGUGUCCCAACAACUUUUGAAAUUGACCCCUAUAGUUGUUUAUCUUAUAAAAAUUCGACUUUAACUAUAGUCACUAUAUAUAUAGCCAGAAGUUUACUAAGGGACGGACCAUUAUUUUUUUGGAGGGAGGGAUGGAAAAUUCUUAAAAAAUUGUUUGCAAAACAACACAGUGCAAAUGAAUUAUUUGCACACACAUAGCGAGGAAGAAAAAAAGUUUGCAAGCUAAUGAGAUUAUGCAACAUCAACCUAGGUUUAAAUAACAAUGAACAGAACGCUCACCGACAUACCCAGGGUCUUCACCCCCAAAACCCUGGCAAGCUGCUCCAUUUACUAUUCGGAGUAUUCCGGAUUUUCGGAACACUAAUGGAAUGGAAUGGAACAGAAGAGAAUCACAUGACUGUUCUGACUACCCCGAUUUUCGAGUAGGGGCAGCCAGAACAGACACGUGACACUGCCUAUUUUCACGUGAUUGGAAAUGGAGGCGACAUUUUGUGUAUUCAAUGCACACUGUAUAGAGCGUUAUUUUGAAGGGUUAACCGCUAUAUUUCGACAUAUACUUAUUAUAUACGAAUAACUAAUUAAUAUAGUAAUGCAUGGUUGCACGCAUAUGUAAUAAACUCACCUCUGUUCCAGAGCACCGUGUGCACUCCAUUUUAUAUCUUUUCAGAACAGUAUUCCAAAUGUUCUAGAACAGUAAAUGGAGCAGCCUGCAAAGUGGGAGACGCUGGGCACAUGUCAGAAUCUAUAUAUGGGUUAUAUAAAAUAUUCAUGUAUUGAAUACAG